UAAAUUUGUUGAUCAUUCAUUAAUCUGUGUGCACUGCUAAGAUGGGUCACCUCUAAAUUGGGAAUCAACCUGGACAAAACUUACCGACAUUCCUUUUGGUUCUCGCCGAUUCAAGACCAUCUUAGCUUCACUCAAGUUAUCUGUUUGACGGCAGAGAAAAUAGAGAGAAGUCUCUUCUCCACCCUUCUUUUGUGAGAUAUCUUGUCCCUGCAUGCUGCUCUAUGCAAUUUGUUUUAGGCCAAGGAGCAGUUCAAUAAAACUAGAAGGUGUUUAGAAUCAGCAAGCUACAUUUAUCAUCAAAAAAAGUGGGAGUGAGGCAUCAACAAGAAUCUUGUUAAAUGGAUCAACUUGAUUUAAGAGAAAGAGAGCUUAAAGUAGAUAUUGAAAGUGGUGGUACUUCCAGUGAAGAUGAAAGAACCAAUGAUAAUGUUUCAGAAAAUGGACGAGCUUUCAAUAGGGUCUGGAGUGGGCUUUUAAGUUUUGAUGUAUUGGGUAGGGGUGAAUCUGCAAUCAAUUCAUGCAGCAGUUCAUCAAGUUCUUGCAGGCUGGAUAACAAGAAUGUGGAAUUGUUGGUUGACAAGAAUUCGGUAGAGAGUCUUGAGCAUAAGGCACUUGUGGAGAAGACUGGAGAAGAGAAACAGAAGAAGACAAACAUUAGGAAGCCUCCCAAACCACCACGACCACCUAAAGGUCCAAUGUUGGAUGCAGCAGACCAGAAAUUGGUGAGGGAGAUUGCUGAGCUUGCUAUGAGAAAGCGUGCCAAAAUCAAACGAAUUCAAGCUUUAAAGAAGAUGAAGGCAGCAAAAUCAUCAUCUACAAGCAGCAGUCUAUCUGCUCUGAUUGUUACCCUUCUGUUCUGCCUUGUCAUAAUCUUUCAAGGAUUAUGUUCAAAAGGCAGUGGAAGUGGGACAGUAGAUGGAUCUCCUGCACCAGCAGUUGCAUCAAGUGAAGCUUUGGUUUCUGUUCAGUUCUACAAAAGAUUCUCAGACAAAAGAAAGAAGUGAACGCACCCAACCCCAAUUGGCAGAGAAUAGCAGCAGAUCCCAAAAAUCGAUAAAUUAUUGAAUAAGCAAAUUCCCAUUGCAAGAAUCUGUUGGUUUGGUUUGUCAAUUGUACAAAAAUGUCGAGGGAAUACGGUAGUUGGCUUGGAUACUAUCAUAUUUGUUGUAUAUAUUUAUUGAAUUCCAAUUUCCAACCUCCAGUUUUGUAAAGCGUAGCUUGUGGAAUAAAUUAUAUGCUGUUAAGUUUUACUUGCUAUUUCUCUUUUCAUUUCUGAAGACAUGAUGAAGUUGCAAGUGCCAAUCAUCCCAGGGAAAGGAAAGGGAGGGCAAUUCUGUAAGGCUGCAACAGGUGCUUGAGUGCUUGGUCUGACAAAUGAAGUGAGAAGUGAACUGUUAUUUUGAUGGUAGACAAGCAUCAAGUGUGACACAAUGUAAAGUCUGAAAAAAAUGCACAUUCGCCAUAGAGAAUCUGCUUGUUAGACUUGAGACGCCCCCAUCUUGUAAAGAAAACAAAGUAUGGCUACAACU